AUGAGCUACAAGCCGGAGGAAGCCAAGAAUGAAGAAAAGGCCUUGGAUCCGGUGCCGAAUAUGCCGCUGCAAGGGGAAGAAAGAGAGUGGUUGGAACAGAGGGCCAGCGCGCUAAGGGCCUUUAUCGUUCAAGAGGCAAUGUGCGCGGACCAAUUGGAAGAAGAAGGAGAAGGUGUUGACGAGUCCAUGAAUGAAAAGGUUGUGGACGCAGAGGAGGAGCUCGACUUCGUGGAGGAAAUCCUGUUGGAAGAUGCAGUGGUGCGAGAAGAGCGGUCUUUGGAGGCGAUCAAUCAAAGAGGGAUUCGCAUUGCAAAGAUAGCCGCUGACACUACCACGGAGAAUGUGGAAGACAUCCUGAAGGAUUUGAAGGAGCCCCUCACAGUGACGCACACCGUAGCCCUGCCCGAAGUCAAAGCACAUUUGCCAGUAUGGAUACCGAGCAUCGCCAAGGAGGUUAACCACCUGGAAGGCAAUGGCACCCUGGUUCCAAUCCCUCUUCAGGAAGCAAAGCGGCUACAAGAUCGUGGAGAGAUUACUCUGGUGCCGGCUAAGACGGUGCAUACCGCAAAGCCCCCUGAUGCGGCAGUGAUCACGGACAAGGAGGAACAGGAGGAGGAAAGAUCCCAGGACAUAGCGGGCAAGGAAGGCCCCGUGAACGUCGAGGACCUCAGUUUCUUUAAGAGGAAGACAAGGCUCGUGAUCUGCGGCAACUACAUCAAGGGCGACACAGAAGUUUUCACCACGGCGGCCAGCGCUGAGAGCCUGAGAUGUGGGCUGGCGUUUGCAGUGCAAAGAAAUUGGGACGCAGCGAUCACGGACAUAGCAUCCGCCUUCACCCUUACCCCAAUGUCGGAGUCAAGCGUACGCUAUGCCAUCACAGUCCCGAAGGUGGUCGUUGAUGCCGGAUGUGCGCAGCCAAACACCGCCUACUUGGUGGAGAGACUCCUUUACGGCUUGAAGGAGGCGCCGCGGCUGUGGGGCAACUUUCGAGAUCGGAGGAUUAGGAGAGCCAAGAUCCGCGUGGGGCAACGUGGUUGCAAGUUCGUACAGAUGGAAACGGAUCCAGCAGUGUGGAGGCUGGUCCCCGUGGGUGAUGAGGAGGAGACCAUCGCCAUGAUGAUUAUCUACGUGGAUGACGUGAUGUUCCUCGGGGGAAAGGAUGAGGUCAAGAGCAUGUAUGCUUGGCUCACAAAGGGAGGCGACGGCGAAGAUGGGUGGAAGUGCUCUGAGCUGGAAUGGGUUGGCAAAAGACCUGUGCGAUAUCUUGGUAUGGAGGUGCAAAGCCGAGUGUGCGAAGGCAGAAGACACUACCAUGUCAGCCAAGGGGGGUACAUUGCCGACCUGAUCCGGGAGUAUGGCAUGGAGCAUGACAAGCCUGCACAGGUGCCGGCGACAAAGGACCUCAUCCCACAUUGGGAGGAGGGAGAUGAGGAUGGCGGCGAGACGGAUGAAGAGCUCAUCCGGCUUGAGCUGCUCCCGGAGAAUUGCUGUGGCUGGCUACGAGGACAAGACCGGACAUAA